GAACCCUGAGAAUGAGAUCAAGACUGAAACACACUCCUACACCAUCAGCUCAGUCAGUGUCUCUGAUGAAGGACAGUACUGGUGCAGAGCUGGGAGAGGAGACCCAGUCUACCACACUCACUACAGUGAUGUUCUCUGGAUAAACAUGACUGGAGUUUCUCCUCCAGUCUCUCUGAUGGUCAGUCCCAGCAGAACUCAACACUUUAUUAAUGACUCUCUCUCACUGAGCUGUGAGGGACAGAGUGACUCUACUGGAUGGAGAGUGAGACGAUUCACACACAGUGAGAAGGUGUCAGAUUGUUCAUCAGGCUGGGGAUCAGUUACAGGAUCUACAUGCAGCAUCAGCUCCCUCUACACAUCCCACACUGGAGUGUACUGGUGUGAGUCUGAAUCUGGAAAGAGCAGCAAUCCUGUGAACAUCACAGUGCACAAUGGCUCUGUAAUUCUGGACAGUCCUAUUCAUCCUGUGAUUGAGGGAGAUCCUCUGACUCUACACUGUUUAAAUCACCACACGAAGUCCUCAAAACUCACAGCUGAGUUCUAUAAAGAUGGAUUAUUCCUCCAGACUCAGACUACAGGAGAGAUGACCAUCCGUACCGUCUCAAAGUCAGAUGAAGGUCUCUACCACUGUAAACACCCAGAGAGGGGAGAGUCUCAGAAGAGCUGGAUCCCAAUCAGAGCUUCUGAAUCUGCUCCUGAUCUGGUUGGAGUGGUUGUAGGAGUGAGUUUUGCUGUGUUGUUCAUCAUCUUUCUGAUUCUGCUGUGGUGCUACAGAACCAAAAAAGAUGAUGAGUCUCCCUCUACAGGACAUCUGGAGAACAUCAAUCAGAUGUCAGUUCAGAACCGGAGAGAGUCAGGAGCUGAGGACUCUCAGUCUGGAUACACAUCACUGCAGGCUGGAGAUGUACAUGUUUAUGACACUGUUGAAAGAGCAAGUGACGCUGCAGACGAGCUCAGUGAUGUCACUUACUCACAGGUCAUGAGAAAAAACAAGAAAUCCAAGAACAAAGAUGCUGACACUGGAUCCAUGGAAGUGACUUAUGCUGAGAUUGAACUGAAAACAAAGAAGAAACCCAAGAAAAAACAAGAAGAGGCUACUGUGAACUCUGACACUGUGUACUCAGAGCUGAAGCAGAACACAGAUGAAGGUGAUGUCACUGGACUUGAUUCAACAUAUGUUUUUAACUGAAACAUUAAGAACAAAUGGCAGAGGUACCUGCUCUGGAACCAGUCCUGUGGGAACCAGUCAUGUGAGAACCAAUCAGAGGCCUGGCUGGUGCAGGGGAGGAGCCUGUGUUUUAAAAGAGGCCUUCAAGAUGGC